AGCAGUGAAAAACAGUGGCCCACCCCGGAGAGAGAGAGAGAGGGAUUGGGUGGCGUGAGGGACUUCCUAUGCCUACAGGGAACACGGAAGGAAACCAGGAGCGAAACAGACCAUGGCGAGUGCAAACAAAAGGACCACCUGCGCCUUGGCGACGGUGGCCAUCAUCUUCAUCAUAGUGAUCAUCAUCUUGUGCCUGGUGCCCGACCCUUGUCGCAGACACGACCCGCGCCCGGAGUGUAAGGCCGCAAAACAUUUGCCCUACGAAGGUGACUUUACAGACCAGCAGACAACUUCAACAGCCAGUCCCUCAACAACAGUAAGAACCACAUCAACAACGAGGAAACAAACAGAACCCCCUACAACAUCCCCUCACCCACCAACAUCGACCUCAACAUUCUCACCCUCAACUUCUUCAGUCUCAUCCACUUGGUCAACAGAGGAAUCACUACUGGAACAAGACACAUACGGCACUGACUCCUCCACUUACAGUACAGAAUCCAGUCACUUCACCGAUGAAGAUGGUACUACAACACCAGUAUCUGACUUACCCGAGACUACAAUUGUGGUUGAAGCUUUUGAUAAUGAAACUACUACAACAGACUCAUUCAACAUGACAACAGAGUUUGGAGGAGAAAGUACAACUGAAAUGUAUGCUUUGGACUACAAUGUCACUGAAGGAGAUAGUACAACUGAAAUGUAUGUAUUGGACUACAAUGUCACUGAAGGAGAUAGUACAACUGAAAUGUAUGCUUUGGACUACAAUGUCACUGAAGGAGAUAGUAAAACUGAAAUGUAUGUAUUGGACUACAAUAUCACUACAACUGAUGUCAUAUCUACCACUCUUGAACUGAAUACGACGGCAAAUGUGACAGAAAUGCCUACUACAACUGAAAUAGAAAUGUCAACGGGUGUGUCUACUACAGAAACUGCUGAGACAACAACUGAAACAGAACUGUCUACUACAAUGACUGCUGGGGUAACAAAUGCGACAGAUUCUUCUACUACAACAGUGGAAUCUACAACAGAGGCCCACUUGUAUCCUGUAAGCCUCCAACCUCCAGCUGCACCUAAAGGGGUGUGUGACACAGAGGUCUGCACAGAAGUGGCAAGGCGGAUGCUGGACAUGAUGGACCCGGGAGAUGUUGAUCCUUGUGACGACUUCUACCAGUAUUCAUGCGGAGGUGUGCUGGACGACCCAUUUCUGAAACCAGAAGACCCACAGGUUUUUGCAGACAAAAUCAUUAAAGAGGCCCUAACCUAUGGCCCAAAGGACGAUGAAGAUCUGGAGAAUCUCUUCGUCACAUAUGAUUCUUGUCUGAACUACAGUAACUACAAUGAGGAUGAACGUUUCACGAGCGCCCGGGAAGUCUUUGAGGAACUUGGGUAUCAAUUCAGCCCACUACCAGGAUCCGAAUUUGAUGUUGGAGAAGCUUUGCUCAAAAUGAUGAAGAGGCACUUUACACCAUUCUUCGACAUUAAUAUUGACAUUCCUCAAGAUGAGGAGACUAUCAGCUUAAAGAUGGUUCUGCCAACCGCUGCGUCAGCCUUUACCAAUGAGAGAGCCAAGGACAUCUGUGUCGCAGAAUAUAAGGCAAAAGAGGAAGAGGCAAAAUACAACAAAUUACCUUUCGACGUUAACUCACAAUAUGAACAUUAUGUGAAUUGUACGAAACAUGGGCAGGGUUUGCAAGAGAGAAUGAAACAUAUACAAAGGAGCAUAGAUCAUCUUGGACUAUUAGACGACAAAGGAAAUGCAAUCAGUGAAGACGUAAAGAACCAAGCCACAGGUGCCCUUAAGAAAAUGCUAGAAGACCUGGCAGAGGCAACCCCAUCCAUCUCGGAGAUAAGGAAAGCACUCGUCAACAAAAUAUACGAGGAAUUCUCGUUGGUCGACAUUGAUGACAAUUUAGUUCUUGGACACCUCCCACCAACGUUUCAAAGCUUGGUUUCAUCAUCAGGGCUACAACACAGAAGUAACAACAAUUAAAAUCAAGACAUAAGACUCAGUAAAAAUCAUUAAUAUUAAAAUGUAAAUAUUAGAAUCGUAACAUAAAGUUAAAACCAACCUAAUGCCUCAGAGUAAGAAAACCGAGUAACCAAGAAGGGCAUCAAAAGAAUGAAGCAACAUCUUAUGCUGUAAACAGAGGGACAGAAAAAGACUGAUUAUUCAAAGGUGGAACCAGUUGACUGAUGGUUAAUGACUAGAAGAAAAGGAAAGAUGUUUCACCAGCAGUUUGCUCUAAGAUUUCAAAAUUGUUUUAAGAAAUCAAAGAUUUACACCUAUAAGAAUGAUCCCUUACAUUGGAAAACUUCUCCUUACUCAAAGUACACCCUAUUCUAUAGCUGACACCAUGGUGAGAAUCAACUCACACUUUCAGCGUUCUUUUGGUAGAUCCGAUGUAAGUCCCAAGAUUACAUCUCGGGCAAGUAUACUAUGUACUCAUACACCAACAAAGAACGCAUAAGUUUCGGUACAGUGUCUUUAAAUCUACGCAGGGAUGCAAUUGUUCUUGGAUUCCUUAGAACGAGUCUGGGAUUAAGAUAGUAAAAGUAUUUCUUUAAAAUGUGCCUUAAUAUACUAGUUAAAAAUUUCUCAUCAUUCGUAAAAGGCAGAGAAACAUAAAAAUCAAGUUUAGGUACAGUAGGUGCUGGAAUUUUUGGCUGAAAUUUAUUCAAGAAUUUUUUUUAGAUAUUUCUCAAAAGUUUGGGGUAGCAGUUAUACUGAAAAUAUUUUCUAAGGAACUCAACCUCAUUAUGAAAAGAGAGCCAAUCUGAAGAGAGAGAAAAGGCUCUGUGCAAUAAUGUAGCAAUACUGUUAAGCUUAAAAUUAUAAAAACAUGAACUAUGAAAAUUUUAACCAAGACCAGUAUACGUUUGCUUCCAGAAGACGGAAGUGGAGAAGUGCUAUUUGGAUAUGGUGAUUGAAUUGAAUUGCAUAUAGAAUUUAAGCCAAAGGCCAAGCACUCGAACCUACGAGGUCAUUCAGUGUUAAAACGGAAAACAUUUGAAGUAUAUAACAGGACGAAAAUCUUGCAGUUGCACUAUGAAUAAAUUGUUAGAAGAGGGUGGAGAGUAAAAUGGAAGAGAAUAUGAAAGGAUAUACAGUAAAAGGAAUAAAAGGGGUUGUAGCUACGAGCUGAAGGCACACUGCAAAAACCUUAAGUAAUGCCUACAGUGCACUGCAUGAGGUGCUCUGACGGCACUUAACCCCUAUGCUGUUUGGCUCUGGCUUGUUUAUUUUUUCAAUAUUUAUUUUUUUAUUUUUUUCCUUUUUGAUCUGUUAUUUCACUGUGCUGUGUAGUGUUUUAAUUUACUUUUAGCUUAAAAUUGCUUUGUAGUCUUUAUUUUACUUUUAGCUUAAUGACUGUCAUAUUACAAAACUAGAUUUCUUAUAAUUAUUAGCUUAUUUUAGCAUAUGUACUUUUUAAUAUUGCAAAAAUUGAUUCUAUUUAUAGCCCUAAAGAUGGGAAAGGAUUCCCAAAACAUUGGUGUAAAUACAAAGAAGAUAUGAUUUCCAGUCCUCUCUCUG